AUGUACGAGGGUUUCCUACCCAUUGCUUCGGAGUUCCAGGACAAAUGCUUCCUACUGCCCAAACUGCACCGUCAGCGUUGUGUGCUGCUUAUCAAGGCCAACGCACCCGAGCACGUCCCUAAAAUCGUGCGUAAGCGUGCCAAGAAGUUCAAGUUCGUACUUAAUCGCGAUUUUAACGGCGUCGUGGAGGGCUGCCACGAGAAGCACGGCAUUCCGUGGCUAUAUCCGCCUAUUGUCGAGAGCUUCAAGACUUUAUUUCAAGCUGGAAACGACGGUGUAGAGCUCUAUCCUGGCUGUAAGGUCCGCUUCUUCACGGUUGAGCUUUAUGACACGACCACGGACACGCUAGUCGCAGGAGAGCUCGGAUACACUGUGGGCAGUGUCUACACAAGUCUGACAGGCUUUAGUCGGGCUAAUGGAGCAGGCACAGUGCAGCUGCAUGCGCUGAGUAAGUUUUUGUAUCUGGCAGGCUUCAAAAUGUGGGAUCUGGGCAUGUCCAUGGACUAUAAAAUGGGGCUGGGAGCAAAAGAUCUGGACCGAGAUGACUUCUUGGACGAGCUGUACAAGUGGCGCCUUUGUCAAGCGGAGAUGAACCUGGACGAGGGUGACGCUCGUGUGGGGAUCUCAGUCAAGGCCCUGUUGGACAGUGCAAGACUCCCGACUGGCACUACUGAAGAGGAAGAGAACGCCAAGACGGAUACCAAAGAGCACGACAAGGAGACGGAGAAGCACGAGGCUGGUGCGAAACGAAAGCUUUCAUCGGAUGAAGAGCAACAGGGUGAGAAGAAAGGCAAAUCAGAAGCCGACGCAAGAGCAACAGACGCACAGGUCAAAGACAAAGGGGAGGCGGACGAUUACAGCUCCAGCACAGACUGA